AUGCCGUCCGGUGAUGUCACUUCCGUCCGCCAUUUGACUUGACGGGGCGGCGCCAUGACGGACCGCUACACCAUCCACAGCCAGUUGGAGCAUCUCCAGUCCAAGUACAUCGGGACGGGCCACGCCGACACCACCAAGUGGGAGUGGCUGGUGAACCAGCACCGCGACUCGUACUGCUCUUACAUGGGCCACUUCGACUUGCUCAACUACUUCGCCAUCGCCGAGAAUGAGAGCAAGGCGCGCGUCCGCUUCAACCUCAUGGAGAAGAUGCUGCAGCCCUGCGGGCCGCCCGCCGACAAGCCCGACGAGUCCUAACCCUGCGCCCUGCCCACCGGCACCGGCCUCGCUGUGACUCUGCACGCCGCGGGGAGAUGGAGGGAGUCGCCUCGUCCUCUUGCCCGCGUCCUGUGUUCGGCGAAGGGUGUUGGAGGGAGAAGGAAGCUCUGUAAAACGCCCGCUCUUGGACACUUUGGUUUCUCUUAGUUGCACAGAUGUUUGCCCUUUGUUUUUUUAAUGGGAAAUAAAAUCUACUGGGCAUUUCUAACGUGUUGUGUGGUAAUCUGCUGAUAAGAGCUCUUGGUUCGAAAGGGAAUACUGAUAUAUUAAUUUUUUCAGUGCAGCUGUCCAAAUGCUUAACAGAUAACAUGAUAGUACCUUGCCAGCCCUGCUAGCUGGUGCUCAGUUGCCAGCAUUGUUUGUUGGGAGGGAGAAGCAGAAGUCUGUUGGCACUGAAAGGCUUUGAUUUAUUGUUAGCAUUUCUUGAAUUGAGUGAUCUGUGACUAAAUACAGGCCAAUUACUUAAGGGCCCUUAAACUCCAGAGUGACUUUUCUUCAUGGACUGUUCUAUGCUUUGUCUUCCUUUUCCCUGUAUGUUGCAUUUUCCAAAUACUUAUUGUAUCUAUUCCAGCUUAGUUUCUUUUUUACUUAUGUUUGUAGCCAUCCAGUGAUUAAAAAUGUUUCCGUGAUUCGCUGCACAAGUGAGUAUGAAUGUGGGGCUUAGGCACUGUAAAUAAGAGUGAUGUGGAGACAAAGGAAAAACUAAGCCAUUUGCCAAAUGACUUCUCAACAUUUCUUCCUGUAAGAGAGAAAAAAAAUGAGUUUGUUACUACUUUGAAGUAAAAUGCCUAGAAACUCCCAUGAAGUGACUUUCACUUCAGUUAUAUUCAGGCUGCAAACAAGAUGGAUGUUAGAUUUG